UCCUGAGGCGCGUUCACGUGUCCUCGUUGUCUGGAGACAUCGGCGAUGUCUCCGCCUUCGUCCGAGGUGGAACUUUGCUUUUAGUUUUGACUGAUGAAUAUGAAGAUGAAGUCCCAUCCCUAAUCUCCGACCAGUUGUGAUGGAGACGGUGGUGAUCGUGGCCAUCGGGGUACUCGCCACCAUCUUCCUGGCAUCCUUGGCCGCCCUGGUGGUGGUGUGCCGCCACCGCUACUGCCACCCGCACCACCCGCUUCUGCACCACUUUGAUUCCAAGCCUACGGUGGACCUGAUCGGCGCCAUGGAGACGCAGAGCGAGCUGUCAGAGCUGGAGUUGGAUGACGUGGUCAUCACCAACCCGCACAUUGAGGCCAUCCUGGAGAACGAGGACUGGAUCGAGGACGCCUCCGGAUUGGUCUCUCAUUGCAUCGCCAUCCUGAAGAUCUGCCACACGUUGACGGAGAAACUGGUUGCCCUGACAAUGGGCUCGGGGGCCAAAGUCAAAGCGCCGGCCAGCCUGGCUGACAUCAUCACUGUGGCCAAGCGCAUCAGCCCCAGGGUGGACGACGUGGUACGAUCCAUGUACCCCCCUUUGGACCCCAUCCUGCUGGAUGCCAGGGCGACCGCUCUUCUCCUGUCGGUGAGCCACCUGGUUUUGGUCACCCGCAACGCCUGCCACAUGUCGGGCAGCCUGGACUGGAUCGAUCAAUCGCUGCACGCGGCCGAGGACCACAUGGUGGUUCUGAGGGAGGCGGCCCUGGCCUCCGAACCGGAGCGCGGUGUCCUCAACGGGGCCGAGGGCCAGAGGGAGCAUGCCAUCUAGACCGCGCUUUGGAACUCGGAAUCAAUUUCUACUGUGUUGUAUUGUUUAUUCGAUGAUCUUUUCUUAGCGCUCGGGCACCACAUACACUACGUAGUUUGUCGUGUGUGUGUGUGUGUGUGUAUGUAAAGUAGAUAGAAUAGCCUCUCGUAUAUUCUACCUGCAAUUUGUACAGAUAAAAUGCUUGUUGCACUGUGUCUUGUUGAAAAGGUACAUAAAUAAAGUCGAGCUACUUUGA